CAUAACCCAAGGAUGGCCAGUAAAAAUACCAGAAAUGCCAUCCCAUCUGAACUGUGCAGAUACAAUAAUGAGGAGCUCAGGAUUGUGAUGGUGGGGAAGACUGGAGUUGGGAAGAGCGCCACAGGAAACACCAUUCUGGGAAAACAAUACUUCAAAUCAAAGUUCUCCCCUAAAUCUUUAACUGAACACUGUAAUAAGGCCAAUGGUGAGGUGGACGGACAAGCAGUUGCAGUUAUUGACACUCCGGGUCUGUUUGACACCAGGAGUGAUCAAGAGAAAACAGUUAAAGAUUUUGCCCAGUGCUUUUCUUUUGCGUCUCCUGGACCCCAUAUCUUCCUGGUCGUCAUCAGACUGGGCAGAUACACAGAGGAAGAAAAGCAGACGGUGCAGAAAAUUCAAGAAAUAUUUGGAGAGGAAGCAGACAAAUACAGCAUGGUUCUCUUUACCCAUGGUGACCUGCUCAAAGGGGAACCAAUUGAGGAGUUCUUGAGGGACAGUGAAGACCUGCAGGCACUUGUGGGCAGAUGUAACGGCCAGUACCAUGUCUUCAAUAAUGACCUGAAACAUUGUUCUCAGGUAAGUGAGCUGCUUAAGAAGAUCAGAAACAUAACCGAGAAGAACGGAGGAAGCCAUUACACCACUGAAAUGUUCCAGAGGGCAGAGAAGAAGAUUGAAGAGGAAAAACAACGUAUCCUUUUAGAGAAUAAAGAGCCAAUCUGCAAAGAGCAGGAGGAACUGGAGAAGACAAUAAAGGGAAAGUAUGAGCAACAAAUGAGGGAGGUGAAAGAUGACAAGGAGAGGAUAGAGAAAUUAAGGGCAGCUCACUUUUAG